AUGAGUCUGGCAGAAGCAACACCCCUCAGCGCCGGCCAGGCAGCUGUGAACCCCGCCGUCGCUACCCACGUCGGCGCCGACAGACUAGGUGGCGAUGCGACUCCCCGCGCUUCGAGCCAGCACAACACGGAGACGGAUAACAGCAAGAAGGACGUGAAGAACAAGGUGCGCGGCCUGUUCGGUUUGGGGAAGAAGAAGGAAGAUUCAAAUCUCUCCAACAAGAUGUCGUCUUCGACCAAGCCUGCCUCCACCGUCACCAGCAACCCCUCCUUGUCAAGAGAUCCCUCCAGCGCGUCAGCUCGAUCUACCGCCUCGCCCUCCGUCGGCGACUAUUCGCAAGCCUAUCCCGCGUCGCCAGGCCGUGGAAUCUCCACCUCCCCGCGGGUGCCCUCCCCUGCCGGCUCCCAGAUUUUCGAGCGAGAUGUCGACAAUAUGUCGAUCAAGCCUCAAUCGCCUGCCAUUCCCUCCCACAUUCAGACCGAGAACCACAUUCCGCCAGUCCUCGAUGCUUCGUCCGAAGCCAUCACGGAUGACCACCUCGACCCUGAUUCCGUCGAGAUCGUCACCCAUGCGCAGCAUCAACCCGCCGCAGCCGCUGUGACCGGUGCCAACGGAACACCCUAUGCUUCCGACUCCAUGUCGGCAUCCUGGACGGAGGAGCUUCGCGCAUUCGCCGACCGCGAUGACGCAUCCAACUUCAACUCGCCCGACAACGCCGACGUGCGAAGAUUGAGCUUCAUCUCCUUUGCCGACGUCGUCCAAGCCGAGCACGGCGGCCACGCCGGUGCAGUAGGCUCGCGGGACUCGAUCCAUGUCGCCGGCCUGACGUCCCUGUCGUCCAUCAACGCCCGCUCGCCCUCGCCCAUUCGGUCGCCCGUGUCGUCGCAGGGCCCGGGUACCUCGCCGCCGACGAGCAACCCGGCCUCUAUCAAGGGACUGGAAAUGUCCCCCGGCCGUAAACCCCUGGGCAGCCCCAUUUCAUCCCACCACAACCUCAACAUGAGCGGCGAGCUCAACAUUGAGACAAUGUCGCAGGCGCUCAGGCGCACGGGAAGCACAGAUCUCGGCGGGGUUCGCAGCUUGCCUACAAGCCCCAUCGAGGGACCGUUACGCUGA